AAAGACAUGUUGCCAAACUACCACGGCAACACCUCUGGCAACAAUAGUGACGUCACUGCUUGGAUCGCGCAAUUCAGAGCGACGGCAAAGAUAAACCAACUGUCGUAUGAGCAGCUACUGAUGCUGCUGAUGUCAAAGCUGAAAGACAAUGCCCUAAUGUGGCUGCAUUCUGAGGAAAGCAAGCUAUCACUCCGCCGCAAGUUUGAGUCACGGUCGUGGAUGCGCGACGAGGAGUUCGUCGGCUACUUCAACGACAAAAUGAUGCUAGCGUCUCGCAUAGCCAUCGACGCCGAAGAGUUAAUCGACGGCAUCGUCGAGGGUAUCCCAGAUGAGACACUGCGCCGUCAGGCCCAUAUGCAGUGUUUCGUCGCGCCGUAUCAGCUGCUGAGGGCUUUCGAGAAAGUCAUGCUGCCGAAGAAGUACACGCCACCAGGAGCAAGGAGCAUCUCGGGAGAGUCUUCGUCACUGGUCCGCUGCUAUAACUGCAACUCGUUGGGCCACAUGGCAGUGGAUUGUCGCAAGCCCAAGCGUGAAAGAGGAGCAUGCUACGGAUGCGGCAGCAUGAACCACCAGAUAGCACAUUGCGGUGAACGGAAAGAUAAGACUGCCUCAUCGACUCAGGGAGCCCAAUAAGUUUUGUAAAGAUCUCGUGCCUCUCAAAUGGACACAAUAUUAAUCAAGUAGAUUUAAGUUCAUAUCACAACCAAGAAACUAAAAUUAAUGCGACAGAAGGCCGAGAAGGCGAGUUAAGUUCAUGUAAUUCACAGUAUGGCAAUGAAACGAAGAAGCCUACAUUUGUUAUUAAUAAAAAUACGAGC